UUAAACUGAAAACACUUGUACCCGCGGCUCGUAGUCCAUGUUUGAUUUACACUUCCUCGAUCAUACCUACCAAACCCUUUAACCUAUAUCCCUACGKAGAUUUCAGCGUUCAAUUCUCUAAGUUACGAUGGCUAUAUAUCUAAUAAGUGCUAACCCCAUUCAAAGAUCGAGCACCGCCAACAUAACGAGAUUUACUUAAAAAGUCACUAAGGACCAUUAAGCAAGUACUCACUGGGAUUUAGACUGUAGAUACCGCAGCAUAAUGGCGAYAAUGAAGCAACAGACCUCCACCGCUCCGCUCAAGAUGUACACAUUGAUUAUUCUCUUAUUAGGAUUAUGUUUGAUCACAAAGGCUGAAAAGUUUAAUGAAGCAGAUUGCCGGCCUCGACCGACAGUUGUUCCCAUAGAUGAGAACCACAAGUACAAGCCAUAUCACAUUGUACUAUACCGAUGCUCUGGUACAUUCAACAAAAUAUCACCAAAUGUGAAGACUUGUACUGUAACACAAGAGCAUGAUGUCUUGGUGGAUGUUUUAAAUCAGGAUGGYAUUAAGACUGCUUUAUAUGUUAAAAAUCAUACAAAGUGUGGAGAACAAUGCGCCAUAAAAUGUGGUAGUGACAUGAUUAUAGACGAUUGCACAUGUAGAUGUUUAACUGGAGACUGYGAACCCCAWGCCACUCCAGAAAGUGGACAGAUUACAGGUAAAGAUGCACCAAAGWCAUCUCCUCAACUACCCUACUUAGUUGGAAUGGCAUUAGUUGGAUUUUUUGCAGUAUUUGUUYUGGUUUUUGAUGCAACAUUGUAUGUCAAGAAGAAUGGAUUUAUCUAUACCAUCAAACACUCUUGCUGUGGACGAGCACCUUCUAUGGACAGGAACGCAAACGAAAAUCAAACUAUGGUGACUAGAGGAGAUAAUGACACAACAGUCUAGAAACCAAGAAAAUGACAACGACGUAUAUCRGCAUUAAACAAUGCAGCAUUGCAUCUGCAAUCAUCUGGGAUAUGACCAAGCAUUCAGGUAGUUCAUAGGUCUAAUGUUUCUCAGAUCCAUGAAUAUUACAUGGUUAUAUAACAAAAAUCUGCUGAUUCAGGUUUUUGAUUAAUAAAUUUAAAAAAAAUUAUUUGUGAAUUUGAGGAACAAUUUUUAAAAAGAUCAAGAAGUAUUUUAUAGUAUUACUAGUUUUCACUGUUCAAUCCGUACACUCUGAAUUUUCUCUUAACUGGUUUUACAUUAAUUUAUAUAGGUAUAGUUUUAAUAUAAUACUUAACUUCAAAUAUGAUAUCAUAGUAUUAUUUUGCAGUCAUUCUCAGAAUAUGUGGAAUUUUAUGCAUAUUCCCACUGUUAUUGUUGUAUUUUCUUAUAAUGACCAAAUUCUAAUGUUAGUAGUACUUUAAUAUAAUAAUAGUAUUAAUGCAGUAUCUAUAUUCAACGUAUAUAGCUAGACUUUAUUUGAGAGUGGCUGGGACUGACCCUGUCAAUUUCAAUUUCCUAACUAGGCCCACUUACACCCCAGAACAUUUGCAUUCAUUUACAUUACUUUACAAAUGAUCUGUAUUACAAUGAUGCUUUCUGAUUGGUUCUGAAUCAAGGAUUGCCAUUUUACAUAUAUGUUAGAAAAUCAUGCAAAUGUUCUUGGGUGCACRAGGGCCUUUAACAAAAUAAUGUCAAUGAAUUUUGACUGUUUUUCUUACUCUAUUACUAUACAAGCUAAAUAAUGUAAAUACUCUAAGAAGGAGAGUUUUUGUUUCUUAUGCAUAAGCUUGUAUCACACAAACUCACAUAAUUAUUAAGAAUCAAAUUGGUUCUAAAAUAGUAUGAAAAAACUCCAACUAUAGCAAUAUGACAUUUAUUAUAUAAAAAGCUUGUAUUUUCAAACUUGAAAAGUUGACACCAACAUCGUGUUUAUACUAUCUAUCGAUCAUGUUACCAGGAAUAUAUAUAAUACAAGCUUUGUUAAUAUUGUUGGCAAUAUACAUGUAUAUAGCCUAURGAAUUUAAAUUAAUAAUACAUAAGAUGGAUUAGAUCAACAGGUUAUCAAGGAUAUAGUUUAUACUAUGUCUAGGAUAAUACAUAAGUAAAUUGAAAGCAGGAUUCCAUAAGACUUCUGGGAAAAGUAGUAUUUCCUAGGUGUUAUCAACUUUUAUUUCAUUUUAUGUUACUAACGACAGCCCCCUGGAUUGAGCUUAGAAAAUGGGUUACAUGCUAUAGUUUCAAUUAGCCAAUACAUAAACAAUAAUACAUUGUUUAUAGUCACAUGAAAUGUAUCUAAAGAAGCACAUUUGAGUUCCCAUGUUAAUGAUUUUUGAUUUUGCACUUAAAUAUCUAUAACUGAUUUCUUUAGAUUGCUUUAUUUUAUUGUAAAAUUAAAAGAUCAUGAAACAAACCCUUAGUACAAACAAUGCCUGCGUUUAUUAUACGAACUAUUAUUUAUUACAUACUUUUCCCUGAUCAAAUCAAAUCAAUAUUAUAAGUUAGUUUUUGUAUCCUUACAUCAGGUUUUUGUUGAUUUAGAUUAAAUGGCAAUUAAAUUGCAUCGUGAAUGAUUUUUUGCAAGCAAUUAAUUUAAGCUUACAUUUAAAUAAACUAAAGAUCUUAUAAUCUUAUUUGUAAGUUAAAUUUUAGCAAGUUUUAGUUCACAAUAAAAAUUAAAUCUACAUUUUGCUUUGUUUG